GUUGAGUGACGUCAGCGUCGUGUUUUGGAGGAGCUAGGAGGAAGAUGGCGGGGUCCAAGGUGAAGCAGGACAUGCCUCCUCCGGGAGGCUAUGCCGCUUUCGAUUACAAAAGAAACCUUCCGAAACGAGGACUCUCUGGAUACAGCAUGUUCGGCAUUGGCCUAGGCAUCAUGGCGUUUGGUUACUGGAAGAUGAUCAAAUGGAACAGGGAAAGGAGACGCUAUAACUUUGAAGAGUUGGAAGCGAGGAUAGCUAUGAUGCCCCUGAUGAUGGCAGAGCAUGAUCGAAGGACCUUACGAAUGCUGAGGGAAAAUCUAGAAGAGGAGGCCAUUAUCAUGAAGGAUGUUCCAGGCUGGAAGGUUGGUGAGCGCGUCUUUCACACGGAUCGCUGGGCCACCCCCCUGACACCAGAGCUGUUCAACCUGCGGCCCCGUGAGGAGUUUUUGCACAAGCGUUUCGGCUUCUUGGAGUAUGUGUAAGCAGCAUCAGGACGAUAAUGCAGAGCUCAACUGUCAACAGUGUCACAUGGACCUGCGUGCUCACUCUAUUCUGCUUGUAAAUGUUCAAUAAAAUUCUUUUUCUUUACCUUA